ACCUGCUCCUCGCCUUACUAAUGAGGCAUUUCGCUCCUGCGCUACGACAUCACUAGCCGGCAGCACAUCGGCCUCCACUCCUCCACGCCUUUUAGCUCGGCCAAGAGAGUCCAAGCAAGCACACGGACAAAGUUUUUCUGGGGUUCCGAUCGAUCUCCUGCUACGCCAGGAACCAAGGGCCAUGAGUCAAACCCCGCGCUGACCAACUGCUCCUCGUGUGGAGAACUGUGCAGCCUCGGAAUUGUAUAUAAAGAUACUGUAGAGCUGCUUUGCUACGUCAUUGCAUUCUUCAAGUUGAGCUUCUUUUACAUUUCCAAUUGAGAAUCUAUUGAGGUCAUCUGCAAUUGCCUCCAGCUGUCUUCUUCUUUUCCUAUCCUGCCAUGAUCUCCCGCUCCCAUCACAAUGGCGGUUCUUCUACCGCCGUAAUUGAGCAGUUAGAGCUCGCAGACGUGUCGAACUUCCUCUCUGAGACGGGGAGCAAGCCAUCUCAACCUCAAAGCAUCCACAGUCUCCGCAUCAGCGAGGCUGAUAGGAACCGAACGUGCGAUGAUCCGGUUGAGAAUCUUCCUUCCCCAACAACACAGGCAUCAGAGAAGCUGCAGAGAUGGAAUCACCCGCGAGGAAAUCUAUUUCGGACGAUGGCUGCGUUCUGGGGAUUCGUGGUCAUGGGCAUGAAUGAUGCUGCCUAUGGAGCUUUGAUCCCUUAUCUAGAAGAAUACUACAACCUCUCUUACACCGUUGUCUCCCUAAUCUUCCUCUCCCCCUUAGCAGGUUACACCGCCUCGGCGCUCCUCAACAACGCCAUCCACCUGAAAUUCGGGCAACGCGGCGUCGCCUUCAUCUCGCCCGGCUGUCACCUCCUCGCCUACAUCGUCAUCGCCGUGCACCCGCCCUACCCCGUCCUUGUUGUCAUCUUCAUGGUUGCCGGUUUCGGCAAUGGCCUCGAGGAUGCAGCCUGGAACGCAUGGGUGGGUAACAUGGCAAACCCGAACGAAAUCCUCGGAUUCCUGCAUGCGUUCUACGGAUUGGGCGCCACCUUAAGUCCAUUGAUUGCAACAACGAUGAUUACGAAGGGGAAGGGGUUGCCGUGGUUCUACUUCUACUACGUUAUGAUCGCCGCCGCAGCAAUCGAGCUCCUCACCUCCGUCUCCGCCUUCUGGGGCGCUACCGGCGCCGUCUUCCGCGCCGCCAACCCGCGCUCCACCAACACCAAAGACAGCCGUAUGAAAGAAGCCCUCUUCCGCCGGCCCUCGGCGCGCGUCACCUGGCUCUGCGCGCUGUUCCUGCUCGGCUACGUCGGCAUCGAGGUCGCGCUGGGCGGCUGGAUCGUCGUCUUCAUGAUCAACGUGCGGCACGGCGCGCGCUUCGCGUCCGGCAUGGCUGCGACGGGAUUUUGGCUGGGGAUCACGGUGGGUCGGAUAGUGCUGGGGUUUGUGACGCCGAAGUUGGGGGAGAAGCUGGCGAUUUCGAUCUACCUCCCCAUCGCCAUGGCCUUCGAGCUCCUCUUCUGGCUGGUGCCGCAAUUCUACGUCUCGGCCGUCGUCGUGUCCCUGCAAGGCUUCUUCCUCGGCCCCAUGUUCCCCGCCGCCGUCGUCGCCGCCACCAAGCUGCUGCCGCGCCAUCUGCACGUCAGCGCCAUCGGCUUCGCGGCCGCGUUUGGCGGGUCGGGCGCCGCCAUCUUCCCCUUCGCCGUCGGCGCGAUCGCCGAGGCGCGCGGCGUCAAGGUGCUGCAGCCGAUCAUUCUGGCGCUGCUGGGCGCGAUUCUGGUGGUGUGGGUCGGGUUGCCGCGGUUUCAGCGGAAGGCGGAGUAGGAGGAGGG